AUGCGUACUGGUUACAAGAUUCUUAUUCUUAAAAACGACAAGACUCGUUUUACUGCGAAGUGCGAAGAAAAUGGUUGUGGUUGGAGGAUUCACUUUGGGCCUGUGAAUGGUGACAUUUCUCGGUUUGUGCUGAAAUAUUCUAACUUAUUCACAGUUGAUGAAGAAACUGGAAGAUUUAAGCGGAUUUUCAUAUGUUUCGGUGCUUGCAAGCAUAGCUAUAGGUAUCUCAGGCCCAUGAUUUACUUGGACGCUACUUUCCUCAUUGGUAGAUUCAGGGGUACUUUGAUGGCUGCAACAUGUGUAAAUGGAAAUGAUGGUUUUUACCCAUAUGCCUUUGCUAUUGUUUUAUCUGAAAACAAAGACAAUUGGUUUUGGUUUCUGGAUAAUCUUCAACAAGUGGUAGAUGAUCGUCCGAUUGUUUUCCUUAGUGAUCGUCACGAAGGACUUAUGCAGGGCAUUCCAAGAGUAUUUCAUGGUUCAUAUCACAGCUAUUGCUUUUACCACAUCAAGUGCAAUCUCCCUAUUGUAAAAGGUGAUGCGAAUUACAAUGUUGUUAUUGAUUUGUUUUACAAAGCUGCUUACUGUUACACAGCAGCGAACUUUGAAGAAGUUUUGCGGGUCAUGCAUGCAAUUGGUUGUGGACAUGUUGCUAAUUAUCUCAGGACCAUUCCAAAGGAGAAAUGGGCAAAUGCAUUUUUCCCUGUAUGCAGAUAUGCUGCUCACUCUUCAUCUAUUGUCGAGUCAUUCAAUAACUGGAUUCUUGAGUUCAAAAAGCUGCCUGCUUUUUCUCUUCUCGAUGCGAUACGUUUGAAGGUUAUGCAGAUGAAUUCUAAGAGAAGGGUAGAAGGUCUUGAAAAUUUUAACACUAGGCUCACUCCCGUAUACGAGGAUUUACUAAACGAGAACAUCAACAUUGGUCGUACUUGGACUGUUGUUGAGUCUAUGGAAAGAUUGUAUGAAGUCAGGUCUCCCCGCACUCAUUCUGUAGAUCUGUUGGAGAGAACUUGUACGUGUCACAGGUGGCAAGUAAAUGGUUUUCCCUGCGCACAUGCUUGUGCUGUCAUUCAAUCUACAAGGGAGGACAUCUAUUCAUUUGUUGAGCCAUACUUCACCACUGAAUGGUACAACAGGACAUACCAAGAGAUCAUCUUGCCAAUCCCCAAUUAUGACAAGCCGCAGUAUUAUGAUCCUAGUGAUAUGAUUAUUGUUCCUAUUCCUGUGCCUCCACCCGGUAGACGAGAGAACAGUGUUUCAAGAAGGCUUGGGAGAAGCAAAAGAGGCCUAUGA